AUGCGAGACGUUUGCACAGCUCAAAGCCGCCUCGCACCGUUUUGCCGCUCCAGUUGCGCCAUGUCGCACUGCGCCGCCGCUGAGCAUGGCGUCGCUGCAAAUGCUGAACGUCUGCGAUGCACGCUGGCAAUCGAGCCCCAAGCUGGCCACUGCGUUCUUGGUGAAGCUCACCAAGGAGGGCCAGCUGGCGGCUGCGGAAGACACGCUGCAGCGGAUGCGGCAGGCCCAGCUGGAGGUCGCCACGAUCCACGCCAACGUGGUGCUCUGGGCCUUGCCAGGGCCCGGCGCUGGCAGCGGGCUCUCAGCGCCAGCGCCACGAAGACGCUUUGCGCCCGCAGCCUGGCUGCAGCGCUCAGCUCCUGCGAGUUGCGCUGGCGAAUAGCUGCAGAGCUGCUGCGGGGGGCGGCUUUGAGCGGGGUAGAGCCCAACGAGAUUUGUGGCAAUGCUGCGAUGAACGCCAUGUGCCGAUGUCUUCGGUGGGCCAGUGCCGCUAAACUGCUCCAAGGCAUGCGCACCUGCCUCCUGACGCCCAAUGACGUCAGCUACUCGACGCUCCUCAGUGCUGACAGCUGGCGCCGAGCGCUACACUUGCCCAAGUCGACAACUGUGAGUUUCAACGCAGCAGUCAGCGCAUGCGAGCGGCUUGCCCACUGGGAGGCCGCCUGUGUGCUCAUCGACUCGAUGUCUGUCUCUGCAGUGGUGGCCGACAUUAUCAGCUUCAACGCGGCGCGCAGCGCCCUGGGCCGGGCUGCGAUUUGGCCCCACGCCUUGGGUGGGCUCCGGCAGGAUGCCAUCACCAUCGGCACCAGCAUUUCAGGCGGUGGUUCCUGGGCGCAGGCGGCACAGCUGCUGGCAUCCGCCUGGCCGCCGCGGCCACGGCGCUGUUUCAAUGCCUGCAUUGCCGUCUUCGAGCAGAACAGCCUGUGGAGUGCCGUGUUUGCCAUCAUGAGGCAAAUGAAGAAGGAGACAGUUGAAGCUGAUCAGAUCAGUUGGAAUUCGCGGGUCAGCGCCUCCGGAUCCUGGGGCCGCGCCAUGGAGAACCUGCACGCCAUGUGCCGCGAGCAAGUGGCGGCCGACGAGAUCAGCGUCAACUCGGCCGUGGACGCCUGCAAGACAGGUGGACACUGGCAACUUGCUUAUGCCAAGCUCGCUGGCAUGAAUUCAAUGUCACUGGCAAGUGCAGUGACUUUCAACUCGGCGCUCAACAGUCUGAAAUGUGAGAACUCGUGGGUGCUGCUCCUCUUCUCGCUGCGAAGCAUGUGGUCCUUCCAGGUAGAGCCAAGCAUUGUGUCAUUCAACACAGGCCUGGCCCUCUGCGAGCGCUGGCCCGUAGCGCUGCUCUUGCUGGCCAGCAGCGGCAUCCGGGCGGACGGGGUGAGCUUCGGCGCCGCCCUGGGCAUUGGCUGGCACUGGCCUGCCUCGCUGGCGCUGUGGCGCCUGGCGGCGGUGAACGCCGUGCAGGUCUCCAGCGCAGGGCGAGGGGCUGUUGUCCAGGCCAGCGCCAGCGAUCGACGCCAGUGGCGCCGCACGCUGGGCCUUUUCACUGGCGCCCAGACGGAGUUGAGCCGCCUGGCAGCCUGCGAGGCAUGUGAGGCGGGGGGCCAUGCGAAGCAGCUGGUGCCGCUGCUGCGGGCGGUGGCGGCUUCAGCGCUGAAAAGG